CGAUCUGUCGCCGGUUCACGCAAAAGGCUGCCGCUGGAUGUCACGUCGUUGUUUGUACCUCCUCGUUGGCAGUCGAAAUGAAUAGCCGGUGUUUGAUUUUUACCUAUUUUGCCCUUUUCCACUACGUUUCCACCGUCCUGGGUGAAAAUGAAACUCUGGUGCUUUUAGAUAAUUUGGCCAUCAAAGAAACACAUUCUUUAUUUUUUAAAUCCCUCAAAGAUCGAGGAUACAGUUUAACAUUUAAGUUAGCCGAUGACCCGGCAUUAGUUUUGUCAAGAUAUGGGGAAUUUCUAUAUGACCACCUGAUACUUUUUGCCCCGUCAGUCGAAGAGUUUGGAGGAACACUUAAUGUUGAAACAAUCACCGAAUUUAUUGACGGCGGGGGCAACGUCAUUGUGGCCGGUAGUUCAAUGUCUGGAGACAUUCUAAGGGAAAUAGCAUCUGAAUGUGGCUUUGAAAUCGAUGAAGAAGGUUCGGCGGUUAUUGACCAUAUAAACUACGACUCUUCUGACACGGGAUCUCAUACACUGAUCGUAGCCGAUCCUGAAAAUUUGAUUGAUGCUCCGGUAAUUGUUGGCAACAAAAAUAUCCCCCCCAUGCUCUACGAAGGGACAGGGCUUAUUGCAGACUCUGACAAUCCUCUAGUUCUACAGCUGCUGACUGCAUCAAGCACUGCAUAUACGUAUAUUCCUGAUCAGCCCAUAAAAGAUUAUCCACAUGCUGUGGGAAAAAAUACACUUCUAAUCGCCGCUCUACAAGCCAGAAACAAUGCGAGAGUUGUGUUUUCUGGUUCACUUCACUUUUUCAGCGAUGAAGCAUUUACCUCUCCAGUCCAAAAACAUGGAGGCAAGAAAUACGAGGUGUCUGGAAAUCAGCAAGUCGCUACUGCUCUGAGCAAAUGGGUGUUGAAAGAAAACGGUGUAUUACGAGUGAAAUCUGUAGCCCAUCACAAAUUAGAUGAAAGCAGCCCUCCUCCUUCAUAUACGAUCAUGGAAACAGUUGUUUACGAAUUGGAAGUCGAAAGAAAAACCCCGCAAGGUUGGGUGCCCCACGACGCCAACGAUAUCCAAUUAGAGUUCGUGAGGAUUGACCCGUUCGUAAGGACGAAACUUAUCAGGAAGAAACCCGGCGCGUAUGAAGCUGUCUUCAAAAUUCCAGAUGUUUACGGCGUCUAUCAGUUUAAAGUCAAUUAUUUACGAGUAGGCUAUACCAGCUUGUACAGUUCGACUCAGGUAUCUGUGAGGCCCUUGGAGCAUACGCAGUACGAAAGAUUUAUCGCUAGUGCAUAUCCAUACUAUGCUAGUGCAUUCUCAAUGAUGUUUGGUGUAUUUAUAUUCUCUAUAGUUUUUCUCCAUUAUAAAGAUGAGCCCGUCAAAUCUAAACACGAGUAGAAGACUUACUUGUAUGAGUGCACAUAUUGUAAAAUAAGCACUAUUUUUGUUAACUUUGUAAAAACAACAUAAAUACAAAUUGUUUCUAAUUGUUU